AUGUCGCGCACAACGCAAGUAUCAGCGAAGAAGCGCAAGCUCGAAGAAGGUGUACGUGGCAAGACUAGCAAACCACAGAAGCGAUUCAAGAAGCAGAAAAGAUACCACAGUUCUUCGGAGGACGAAGAUGAGGUUGAUACUGGAUUCAAGCCAGUGAACCUGGUGGACUCGGACGGAGAGCAACCGGCGAAGAAGAGAGUAGCGAAGCCUAGAAAAAAACCAUCAGCACAGAAGAAGCCCUUGGAAAACGUAAGGCAGAACCAGCAAUCAACACCAGAGCCAGAAGAGAAGUCAGAAUCUAGCUCUAGCGAAGAUGAAAAUCACGAUGAGCCGGAGGACGAAGAGCAACCGCUGGAACAGCUAGUGGAAGAAGAGGAAGCAUCAGUGUCAGAGAGCAGAGACAGCAGCGACGACGAGGACGAUUCUGAGUCGGAAGCAGACUCUAAUGCACUAUCCACAACCCGCAAGUCUAAACCAAGGUCCAAAAGGAACGACCCUGACGCCUUUGCGACGUCCAUCUCCAAGAUCUUGUCCACCAAGCUUUCCGCCUCAUCUCGGGCCGACCCUGUAUUGUCUCGAUCUAUGGAAGCUGCAAAAGCCCGAGCUGCAGCUUCUAGUGGGAAACUUGAUGCUAAGGCUCAGGCUCGUCUCCGGGCAGAGAAGCUGACGGCACUUCAAAGGGGAAGGACGACGGACGUGCUUGGUAUUGAACGAGGAAUCGCUGGUGAAGUCGCAGAGAAGGAGAAGCAAUUAAGAAAGAUUGGUACGAAGGGUGUAAUUCAGCUGUUCAAUGCCUUCAGAGCUGCUCAUGAUAGGGCUGAGGAGGCACGGAAGGAAGAGAGGCGGAAGGGGACAGUUGGUAUGGGCGAGAGGCAAAGGAAGGUCAAUGAAGUAUCAAAGGAGAGUUUUCUUGAGUUGAUAGGUGGGAAGAAGAAGGCAACCGAAGCGACUUGA